CAUUUUGUGAAUCAAUGUACGGUUGGUUUCAUCUGGUAAUGAGAGACACAGUAAAGGUGAAAUGCGUCUGUGCUCUCCUCUUGUGUUAGUCUCUGAAAGAGCGGCUUGUGUGUGUGUAUACCCACUUGGCUGUGCGCUGUUUGGUUGUGCGGGAGGUGUGAUGGCGAACCUGGGAGUGUGUGUUUGUUUGUGUUUGUUUCAGGCGCUCGUCCUACGGCCUGGCCCUUUAGACACGAUGGUCUCUUUGAGCGACGCAGACAUAAAAUUAUCAGUGGUCGCCUUUCUGCCUUUGAAGUGUCUGGAGCUGUCCAGGCUGAUUUGUCAACCCAUCAUUGCAAAGAGGAUUGCUUUGAUAGCUACUCCCGUAUGAUUUUAAAAUACUUUUUGGCUGAAGGAGUGGUGUGUCAACAUGAACUUUUCUUGGCAUCGGCUCAGGAUUCUCCAGAUGGCAUAUUACAGGAACUUCCAUCUCCCAUCGUGGAUGAUGUUGCUGUCCCUAGACCAGUGGAGCAACCGAGGCUGUCCUCUGAGCCUCAAGAGAGUUUGGAUGCAAUGAAGAUUGCAUGGCGCUAUCAGAAUCUUCCAAAAGUUCAGAGCACUCUUACAUCAUCAUCUCGGUUUGGCCACUAUUAUGAUGUAUCUAAGACAAUGGAAGCAGAAAUUCGCCAGGCAGCCAAGUGCCACCGCUUCUAUCUGCCUGAUCAUUUCAACCAGACAGCGCCAUCCCACAGUCCAACGCUGGAGUCCUACUCAGCUUUGCUGAAGUCACUUCAAGAGGUCAUUCAGAAGGAGGGCUUUGCAGUAGCGGCCUCAUCGGGAAAGUCAAGAAACAUCCUCCGCAUUGGACUUCAAUCCCUUGGCUCAUCUCUCUGGGGUGAUGACCUGUGUUGCUGUGACAAUCCAAAGCAUACCCACGCCCUCACAACCUUUCUUUAUGGUCUGCGAGCUUUGCUGAGGUCAUCACUGGCAGUGGCUGUAGUUACUAUGCCUUCACAUCUUAUUCAGAACAGAGCAUUAAUGGGCAGGAUAGCCAAGCUGUCCGACACCGUCAUUGCACUGGAAUCAUUCAAAGGCUCUGAGAGGGAGACCAACCCACUCUAUAAAGAUUACCAUGGUCUGCUGCAUGUACGACAAGUUCCUCAUCUAAACUGUUUGGCCAGUCAAUUCCCUGAUCACAAGGACCUGGCUUUUAAGCUCAAGAGAAAACAAUUCAGCAUUGAGAGACUGCAUUUGCCUCCUGACCUGUCUGAGACAGUGAGUCGCGUGAGCCGAGGGGAGGUGCCCGGAGUGGCCGUAGCAGCUUCAGCCUGUGGCUCCACCACAAACAAACACCUGGAUUUCUGAGAGGCCCUGGUUCUCUUCACUGUUUCAUCUAUUUCCACUUAAUGUCAAGUGGGACUUUACCACAACAUGGAGUGGGGACAAUACUAAGCACCCACGGGGUAUUUACAAUAAUCAGUGGACUUUAAACAAAUUGAACAGGGUGGAUUUUAUUCCUGAGGAUGUCAUAUUAUUAUAAAUGCAAUAUAGGGGUGGUUUUGCGCUACUCCGAAACAUGAAGAAUGUGGUUUAUUACAAAAAACAGUGCCGUUCUUCAAAAAAUAACUUUCUGUAAAUAAUAACUUUGUAUUAUCUCCCCUAGUUGAUUAUUAAGGCAACAUGAGGUGCUAUGUGAAGAAGUGGUGAAUGGUUUGUAUGGGACCCCUUUGCUUCGGGUUGGGACAGUGCUGUCCAUCUGACCCUGCACCUGUCCUAUUGAACCAGCUCCACUGAGCGGAGAGCGUGGGCAGAGGGAGAAAAGCUUGAUUUGGGUACAAGCUUCACACCUCAUCAAGCGUGUUUGCUGGAUGAGCUGCUUUGCUAUGACAAGCCCAAAAGAACAAAUUAGGUCAAGUGGUGACACUGACAAUUACAGAACAACAUAAAAUAAAAUUCUCUGUAUGUUUCAGUCUAGCUCUGGUGCCAGGUUGAAUAUAUUUGCCCGUAAAAGUAGCUGAAAUAGUAACUAUCUGCAGCACAUGGUUGAGAGAAAGCUAGUGUUACCUGACAGCUUUAUGCAUGAAUAGCUUGUAUUGGCUGUAUGAGCGAACGGGCAAUGCAGCACUUAUACAGGUGAACAACAGAAGCUGUUGUCUGUUUGUGUUGUGGGUAAACCCUGUUGAGACCACACAUUUUGAGUAUACUUUUGAAAAUAAACUUUUACGAACAUACUUGGA